CCCCACUUCCUCCGCUGGCUUCUGAUAGGCUGCCGAAGCAGUUCCUGUCGACAGAGGGCUGUGCGCAGGCGCGGAAAGGUUUGGAAGUAGGUUGCUUGUUGGCGACGCGGAGCUACUGGACCAGCCAGAGAUGGCAGAGGUGGAAGAGACACUGAAACGACUUCAGAGCCAGAAAGGAGUGCAAGGAAUCAUUGUGGUCAACACAGAAGGCAUUCCCAUCAAGAGUACCAUGGACAACCCCACCACCACACAGUACGCCAACCUCAUGCACAACUUCAUCCUGAAGGCACGGAGCACCGUGCGUGAAAUUGACCCCCAGAAUGACCUCACUUUCCUCCGAAUUCGCUCCAAGAAAAAUGAAAUAAUGGUUGCACCAGGCCGUGAAUAUCCGUGUCUCUGCCUGAAUCUUUGGGUGGCCAGAACUCUUCUGCCUUACAGCUUGGCUCUGGGCAAGUCAUCACAUUGCACCUCUCUGUUGCAGCUUCAGUGCCCUGGGAAGAUCUCCAGAGCUGCCGUCUUUCAGCUCAGAAGCCUUCAGUUGCAUGCUGGUACUGUCACAUUGUAUACUACGUGGGAUGCCCAAGAUAAAGACUAUUUCCUGAUCGUGAUUCAGAAUCCAACUGAGUAAGCCACUGUAUUGGCUCCCUUUGUCAUCCCUUAAUUUAAUGUCCCCCAAGAAUAACAGCAUUAAUCAUGUCACGUGACUGGCUCGGAAGCCCUGGCAAACCUCUCCACUGACCACAAGCAGCCUGGUAGCUACGCUGUCCCCGCCAGGGGUCCCACUGCCGUGCCAGGCCCCGGCUUCGGCAGGACGCCUGCCUUGCCUUCAGCUUGUAGGGCAGGAGCUGCUAAGAAGCCCACGCCCAGCUUCCUUCUCCCUUCAGUUCCCUUUGUCGCCCCUGGGAAAGGCUGUUUUUCUUUCAACUAAAAAUAACCCAAGUGCUUA